AUGAACGAUCCGAUCGUGAAACUUCUCAAGAAGCAGAACAUGAAGCUCAUUGUAAUCUACGCGCUGGCAGUUUUAUUAGCCGGGACCAGUCUAGGCUCCCACUAUGACGUCAAAGGAAGGCUGAUGAAGGACCUCCUCGACACUUACGAGAAGGAGCUGGAACCGGAACGUGCCACGGUGAACCUGGCCAUCGAAUUUCAGUGCGCCAUCUAUGACAGGAACACCCACAUCGUUUCCACCUAUGUUUGGGAGAUUUACACUUGGACGGACAAUCGUUUGAAAUGGGAUCCUGCCGACUAUGAUAACACGAAGAGUCUCACACUGUCAGCUGAAAAAGUCUGGUUACCUGACUUCAAGCUCUAUCAUGGACACGACGAAAGAGAGGAAGUAAAAAUAAGUUUGGAGCACACUGGCUUAAUAACUUGGAUUCCGAAAGCUUCUUACGAGACUGUCUGCUUACAUACCCUGCCCAAUAAGCAUCAGUGUCACUACAAAAUAGGAUCUUGGUCAAUUGACGAUGCUACAGUGGGGCUGAGCAAAUACGAAAAGGGCGGUUCCCUGACCUACUACCAGAACAGCACAUGCCCCCUCACGGCAACCAUGAACGGGGCUGUUAUAACCCACGAAUCCUACCCCUGCUGUCCAAAUGUUCAGUACGCAUCUCUGGAGAUUUCCAUCACCUACAUUCAUCACCACUACAGAGGCUGUGGCACUCAAACUCAGCAGACCACCACUGAUCACAGUGAUGAAUGUUGAGUUGGUGGUAGUUUGCGAAUGAUGAUGAUGACAAUGGUGGUGAGGAUGAUGAUGAUGAUGAUGAUGAUGGUAAUGGUGGUGGUGAUGAUGAUGAUGGUGGUGAUAAUGAUGAUAAAGAAGAUGAUGGUGAUGAUGAUGAUAGUGAUGAUGAUGAUGAUGGUGGUGAUGAUGAUGAUGAUAAUGGUGGCGGUGAUGAUGAUGAUAAAGAAGAAGAUGAUGAUGAUAUAUUGAAUAGAAGCUUUUAUCUAUUUUAAAAAAAAUGCUCACGUCAAACUUUUGAAAAACUGUUAGAAUAAGCGAGUGAUAGAUUUUUUGAUUUAUUUAUUUAACAUGGAAAUGAGGGAUUUUAAUUUGAUUAGUUUCGAAUAAUUAAUUAUUUAUUAACAUAUUUUAAUUUAUUUCGCAGUUUUAUGUUAAAUUUUUUAAUUAAUUUGUGUUGGGAUCAGUUUUCUUAGAAAGAAAUUUCAGCAA